AUGUCCGCUUUGUCCCAGGCUAGCCAUGGAUCUGAGGAUGUGGGUGCCUCGCUGGAUGCCAAAUUGAAACACCCUCAAUUUGACCCCGUCGAUUUCCUGAAUGAAGCCCUUCCAACCCUCAGUCUGUCAUCACAGACCCAGGCCCAGAAGACCAAUCGUUCAGCACAGAUUCAAAGUGCCAGCACCGAUACACUUACCUUCCUCUCGUCGCUGAACUCCUACAAUGUUCGCUCUUCCUCAGAAUUGACCUCCUUGACUGACGAGAUCAUUCGGAGUGGAAAUCGUUUGGCAUACGAGGUGGAAGUACUGCGUGGCGAUGUCAAUGGCUUACAUGAGCUUCUAUCAGAGUCUCUGCGCCAGGACAUAGAACUAUUCGUGGGUGAGCAAAUGGCCAAUGGUGUCCAAAAGCCUGAAGGGAACGUGACAUCCAAAAACAUUGAGGACGCGGCGGAAGAAACAGAAGAAAUCAAGGCUGUCAACCACGAUCCCGAUUUCAUUAUCCAGUUACGUAUGCUUGGAGAAGUCAAGGCACGGUUGGAAGCCGUCAUAACCAUCUUCGGCGAAGCUAUGAAAUGGUCCAUUCCACCAUCCGACAUCUCUUCGUCCUUGAUAUCAGUCUCAGCCCCAGAACUGGGUAUCCAAUAUACUGAGGAGGACGACAAAGCCAGGGAGGUCUUGAGAGCCAUCAGGGCCGAGAUUACAGACUUACUCAACUCUGGUCCUGGAGGACUAGCUGGCUACGAAGCUGCAUCACGGAGAGUGGAAGAAUACCGACUUUUGGCCCAAGUAUGGAAAGGUACUGGUGAAGAAAAAGCAAGGAUCAGGUUCGUGGAUACUCUGACAAAGAUCGUCGAGGAUCGGAAAAAGGCCCUGGAGGCGCAGAGGAAUUCACGAGAUGCCAGAUCAGAUUCUACACAGCGCCCCAGUUCUGCCAUGGGCCGUCUCUCCAAGGCGUCUACAGAGGUUGGUGGCGCGGCUGGUCUCUUCAGAAAUUUGCAACGUCUGAAGGAUGAUUUAUACCUCGAGUGA